AUGACGCCUUCCAAUAACCAUGGCAUUUCUCCAGCCACUGUCGAAGCCAUUGCGGGUUUGUCGGCCGGCUUGAGCUCCACUGUCAUUGUCCAUCCUCUAGAUAUCAUCAAGACUAGAUUACAGGUCGACAGCACUUCUCAUCCAUUCCUCAACUCAUCCCGAUCCGUCUUCCGUGACAUAUUGCGGAAUGAAGGGCCAACUCGAAUUGCUGCUCUCUAUCGUGGCUUGACACCUAACCUGGUGGGCAACUCUGCUGGUUGGGGUUUAUACUUCCUCUGGUAUAGCCAGGCACAAGAUCUGAUCAGGAAUGUCCGGAGUUAUGAGCCAGGUCACCAAUUGACUUCAUUUGAUUACCUCUGUGCAUCGUCCCUCUCGGGGGUCCUGUCUGCCAUCCUCACAAAUCCGAUUUGGGUCAUCAAGACUCGAAUGCUCACAACGUCAGUGUCUCAAGCAGGCGCAUACUCUGGCAUGGUUUCCGGUCUUCACUCUAUAUACAAAACAGAAGGCACCCGCGGUCUGUUUCAUGGCCUAACUCCUACUCUCGUUGGAGUCAGUCACGGUUCAUUGUAUUUUAUGGCCUACGAGAAGCUUAAACAAUGGCGCCGAACAUCAAGGAAGGAUGGGAAACUUUCCAAUGUUGAUACUCUGAUAACCUCGUCGUUAUCCAAAGUGUUUGCAGGUCUCAUCACCUAUCCUCAUCAACUGGUUCGUGCCCGACUACAGACUUAUGACCCAAGUGCCACAGUCCAGAAGCGAGGUCCAGGUGUCAUCAAUUUGAUUCGAAUGGUAUGGCGGAAUGAAGGUUUUGUCGGGUUUUACAAAGGACUGUUCCCCAAUCUUCUCCGUGUGGUCCCAAGCACAUGCGUCACCUUCCUGGUAUAUGAAAAUGUACGAUGGAGUCUACCAAGAUUAAUUGGUGACGAUGACGGCCACCACUUGGAAAACAUCUCGAAUGCAGCGCCAUCAAACAAGGUGGAGAAGAAGGGCCCCUUAUAG